AUGACGACCCUCUCAAGCGAUCCACCACCGAUACGAGACGAUGACGAGGCACCGCCGCCUUCGACAAAGCCCUCAUUCUCGUUCUCGUCGUCAUCGUCAUCGUCGGCUCCCUCCAUCGACCCUGCUUCCUCGUCCCUCUUUGCAGCGUCGUCAGCAUCUUCGUCCUCAACGAUUGGUAUCCUCUCUGAUUCAUCCUCAACACCCUGCCACGCCGAGAUAUUCCAGCUCAUCGCAUCAGGUUCGACAACCGCCCCCUCAACGAACGACCCGAACCUCUCUCUCCGACCGCGACACGAACGCAUACCCAUCGAACUCGAUUCCGCAGCCUACGAACAAGCCGUACGCGACGGCGACGUUGCCGCGCCCGAAGACGAACCCCAUACAUUAUCAGAAUACAAGGCCUUCGAAGGACCCGUCAGGAGGCUCUCUAUUUUCAGGACACUGUUCGAUUCGAUCCCUAUACCCACUUCUCCACCGACUUCACCUGUCGCUUCGACGUCGACCCUACCGGAUGCUUCCGCGCAGGCUACUACCGCUUCGUCUCCUUCUUCUCCUUCCGCGCCUACAGCACUACAACAGGCUGACCAGCACGCGCGCGAUCGCAAGACGUACGCGAGGGAGCUAUGGUGCAAAUGCAAUGACGUGCCGGCCGGAGCAUCCCUCAAUUCCGCCCUCGCCGCAUCGACAGCAACGACGGCACCACCGCAAGGUGCAGACACUCCUCUCCGAACAGCGUCUACCUCACCAGAGUCGACCAAAACGCUUCGAUCCCAACCUUCAGCCCCCAUCGCCUCCGCCGCAGCGCGUUGGACCGCGUUCGAGAAGUACGCCGAAGAAAAGGAGAAAGAACUGUGGAAGGUCUUUGUCGAAUUCGAUAGCGACCGGGAUAUGAAACUGCGCGUUCCCGAGGUCCGACAGGCGUGCAAGAGAGCCGGGUUGGAGAUCAUGGAUGGGACGUUGGACGAUUUCAUGAAGACCGUUGAUAAGGAUGGCGAUGGAGCCAUCUCGUUCGCCGAGUGGAGGAAUUUCUUGUUGGUGCGUUUGACGACGAGAUCGGCUAAGGACUCGUAUGGGGUAACUGACGUUUCCGGAUCGAUGGUGUGGUUGCAGUUAUUGCCGAGACCGACUUCGAUGCCCGAGAUUAUGCACUACUAUCAGACGCACCGCAAGCACCGACCGUCGAUGAGUCGGCUCACGCAGGACGGUGAUGGUCAGUUCCUACGCGCCAUUGCACACUCUCUUGAAGACGUAAGCUGAUCUCGUUGCAUCUUUUUUUCGUCUCCAGUCGUCAUCGGCGGCGGCAAAACAGGCUGGAACCGACUCAUGACCAAAUCCGCCGCCGCGUCCAAAUCCGCCUCCUUGACCUCGCAACCAAAGAAAGCGAUGAACUCGUCCGCCGCACUGGCGAUCCUUCAAGACGCCACGAAUUUAAGAAAGAGGGAGACGGAGAAUGAUGAGAAGAGGUGGGCGAGGGAAUGUGUUGAAUGUUGGGCUAGUAAGGCCGGGGCGGUCGGGGCGGUCAAGAAAGGAAACGCGGUGGAGAAUGUGGCCCCGCCCAAGACUGCGGUGUCUAAGAAUGUUUCGAAUUCCAGCUCGUCGGUUGGAGCUGCGAGUGUCAGGGAUGGUGCUGCAGCUUCACGCGUUGUCGAUUCGACUGAGAAAUCAACGACACCCUCGGCAGCUGCAGCGGCCGCGACGACAGCGACGACCACGGCCGAUGCUGGGACCGCUAGCCCUGCUCAUUCGACGUCACCCGUGGUUGAAGACGAUGGCGACGAGCAAGCCGACGAAUUCCAGCACGGGAUGUUUGCUGGCGCGGGCAAGUUCCUGCUCGCGGGUGGAUUAGCCGGAGCUGUUUCCCGCACGGCGACGGCCCCCUUUGAUCGCCUCAAGGUCUACCUCAUCACCUCACCUUCCACAUUACAACCUGUUACACCGCGCUACGUGCCCAGUCUAGGGAGUCCCGAAGCAGCAGCACCAUCACGACCGACGAAGAAAGUCCGACGAGGCAAGGGGAGCAUCCCCGCAGCCGUCCGAGCGAUCUGGCGCCAAGGUGGAGGUCCCGCAGCGUUCUGGACGGGCAACGGUCUGAACGUGAUCAAGAUCUUCCCCGAGUCGGCGAUCAAAUUCCUCUCUUACGAAUCCGCCAAGCGCGUCUUUGCACAAUACUGGGACCGCGUCCCGGACCAAACGAUGAUAUCCAACUCGAGUCGCUUCGUCUCGGGAGGGAUAGGUGGUGUCCUCUCCCAAUUCGUCAUCUACCCUAUCGAGACCCUCAAAACGCGCGUCAUGUCCUCCACGGGAGGGGAACAUAAAGGCAAUGCCUUGAUCUUUGAAACCGCGAAAAACAUUUGGAGGAAGGGUGGGGUCAAGUUGUACUUCAGGGGUUUACCGGCCGGGUUGAUUGGGGUGUUCCCUUAUUCGGCGAUUGAUAUGUCGACGUUCGAAGGCAUCAAGUUGGCGUAUACCAAGUGGGCGGGGGAGGAACCGGGCAUUCCGGGAAGUUUGGCCUUUGGCGCGCUGAGUGGGGGUGUGGGCGCGACGAGUGUUUAUCCUUUGUAAGUGCUCACGAGAAGAUUCAUUUCGCUGCUAGAACCCGCGUUUAAAGUAGCUCAUCCCCCUACGUUACUUUCCAUAGGAACCUAGUCCGCACGCGCCUCCAGGCACAAGGCACGCCCGCCCACCCUCAAACCUACACUGGCGUCCGCGACGCCGCUCGUAAAUGCUACCAACGUGAAGGCUGGCGAGGGUUCUACAAGGGACUUACCCCGACGUUGGUCAAGGUCGUUCCUGCGGUCGCGAUAUCGUAUGCGGUUUAUGAUGCGUCCAAGAAGGUCUUGUUCGGGAGGGAGGAGGGGUGUCAUGGUGGUGCGAGCUCAUCGGCAUCUUCCGCUUCGGCGAGUAUGGAUGAGGAUUGUACGGAGGAGUAG